ACCGUUCGGUCACUUAAAGACAAAUGUAAUUAAUUUAAAGAAUAAAUAAAUGCAUUCCAAAUAUCUCUUAAUAGUAUUGUGUAUAUUUCCCAAUUCGUUAUAUGCGGCACACAUACUAUCUUUAUUUGGAGUGCCCAUGCGUUCACAAUAUGACUUUAUAGAGCCGCUACUAAAAGAAUUGGCGGGACGGGGUCAUCAAAUAACAUCAAUAACAAAUUUUCCACAAAAAGAAGCAAUACCCAAUUUUCGUGAUGUUGUGGUAGAAAAAAAUAAACAUUUAUUUUUUGGCUAUCACAACUUUACCUUAGACAACCAGGAAGCAAAUUACUAUGAAUUGAUUGAUAAAAUCUAUAGUCAAGCCAUUCAAAUGUGUAUAAAUAUACAGAAUGACAUAGUUGUUCGUCAAAUAUUGGAUAAUGAGAAGAUUGAUUUGAUUAUAUUGGAUGUAUUUUUUGCUGAAUCAUUUUUUGGUUUAUCCGAGUAUUUAAAAGCACCAAUUGUUGGAGUAUCUACCAUGGGUACUAUGAUUGCUAUUGAUGAACUGGUGGGUAAUAUAAGUCCCAUAUCGUAUAUACCUCAUAUAAUUUUACCUCUACGUCAAAUGAAUUUUUGGCAACGAUUUUUAAACGUAUUAUUGGAAUUUAUUGAAUGGGCUCACUAUUACCGGAAAUAUAUGGUUCUACAAAAACAAAUCUAUAAAUUUUAUUAUCCUAAUGCCCAAUUAACAUUUGAAGAAGCUCAAAGAAAUUUCUCUUUAGUUUUAUUAAAUGAUCACUUUUCUUUAACGACACCAAGACCUUAUGUACCCAAUAUGAUAGAAGUGGCUGGCUUAAAUAUUGUAACAAAUCCAGAUCCUCUAAAGCCUAAUAUUAAACAUAUCCUCGACAAUGCCCGGGAAGGAGUCAUACUGAUAAAUCUCGACACUUUUAUUAAUCCUUAUACUUUGGACAUAUUUUUCCAACAAUUUAAAACCCUGCCUUAUACAAUAUUGUGGAAAACUUCCCAGAAAAUUCCUUACACACUUCCAAAUGUACACAUAGAUGCCAAUUUUGUUGUAGCUUCCAUUCUACCACAUCCUAAUUUAAAACUAUACAUAACACAUGGCGGUUUUCUUAGCAUUAUAGAAAGUGUUUACCAUGGUUUACCAAUUUUGGGUGUGUCCUCUAUCGAAAAACAGGAUAACAUAGUCGACUACAUUCAAAAGGUGGGCAAUGGACUGUCCCUUAAAUUACAUAGCAUCUCUGAACGAGUUCUUGCCAAGGCUUUUAAUGAACUUUUAGGUUCUUCACACUAUGCUAAUGUUGCCAAAACUUUAUCGUUUAGAUUUCGUGAUCAACAAAACACACCUAUGGAACGAGCUGUCUUUUGGAUUGAAUAUGUUCUACGUCAUAAAGGUGCCAGACAUUUACGCAACAUGGGACAUAAUUUGUCUUGGUGGCAAUUUUAUAAUAUUGAUGUAAUAUUUGCAAUAUUUGGUAUAUUUGCUUUAAUAACUAGUUUGGCCUUAGUUAUUGUUAAUAUUUUGCUGAAAGUUUUUUGGAAAUCAAAAAUUAGAAAGAAAUUUGAAGUAAAUAAAGAAAAAGAAGCGUAAAAUUUUAAGCAGAAUAAUAGUAUAGUAACAAGAAAAUUAAA